GGAUGUGUUCCAUGACUCUAGUAAGCACUAUGAUUUUUCUUUUCUUUCCUGAAAUGGUUGUUCUUAUACAUAUGUCUUUGAGAACAUGAGAACUAUAUAUGAAUAACUUCUGAAAGAACAUAAGAGUUACAUAUUCUGUUUUUUAGGGGAUUUUUUUUAAUGAAUUUACCAACUCGUUACCUGUUCUGCUGUCUCCUCCAACAAAACUGGAGAGCGGUGUGUAAAAAUGAACCACUUUGGGAAUUGCAGCUUGGUGCGAUGGGAAGUUUCUGUGGAACUCUGUGGCUGGUGACCUUUUUUAAAGGAUGAAGUGCUAUAGUGCAGUCUGGCUUGUGCCCAGACGUAGAGUUUUACUGUGAUGCAAAGCUGAACUGAAGAAGGGCUCUUUGGUAUUCAUAAAAAUACCAUUGGGUAACAUAUUAGGUUAAUAAUUAUAAUCUUCGUUAGUAGCUACAUUUCAGUUGUCCUGAAUCGCUUGGUGUGUAGUGGAGGUGACGUUACUUGCUGUGAAGUUCCAAAGGCCUCGGGGACGGGGAGUGUCAGCGGAGGAGCUGCCUGGACUGACCGUGCCGGUUGUUCAUCUCCGUGGCCCAACUCCCUGCGCUGCUCUUUGCUCUUCGAAUGCUUCCACAACACCGCCAGCAGAAAAACAAGCUUUAGGCUGGCACCCACUGAGCAGAUCUUCAUCGUGGUAUUAGUUCUCAAGUGAUAUUUUCCUCCAGUGUGUUUCUGGCUGUAUCCAAAGUACAGCUGUCUGGGAAGAGCGGGUUUCUGCAGAGCUGCUAUCCCCACCAGCCACACAGAAGGGUCAGUGACUCAUCUGGGUGAGUUGGGCUCACCGUGUGCUCCAGCUGUCACCAUGUGCUCAAGCAGCGUUUCCCAACCUGUCUUAAUUGUGGGAUCGACGAGCUGCUUUUAGGAGAAGCCCUGGGUUUCCCACACAGUGACCUUUUCCAUCUAAACUUGGAGUUAUCUUGUUUGGGAGGAAAAUGUUUCUUUCCAUUUCUGAGGUUCGUGGACCAAAGGUUGAGGAAAAACCCAGCAGAGUGGCGUCAUGAGGCACCGAGGAGCAGGCAGAAUGAGGGCAGUAGCAUCUUCUGGAUAACAGCUGGAUGCACUGGGAGAAACUGGGGAGAAACAGCGAGCAAGUAUGGAUGUGGUGUCCUGGGGAAGGGGAGACAAUUCUGACAGCAGUGUCCUCCAGUACACCAGUACCACCUGACUGUCUUGUUCUGCUUGGAGGUUUGUGCUGCAUUGUGCUCCCCCAGUGCUGGCACAGACAGGAGAUCAGAGGUGAUCCUUGCACAAGAUCACCUCAUCCUAACGUGCUCGAGUUUGAUCCUUUUGUAAAACUACAUCUCCCAGCAGGCACUGGGAUAACUCUCUUACUUCAUCAUGAGAUCACUUCCCUAAUGGCCAUCUUACCAACCCUGCGCAAAACACUUUCUGGGGAGCAAAGGUGGUUUGAGAGCUCGAGCGAGCGAUAGAGAAAUAACCCUGUGGACCAUGGCUGGCGAUGGAGCAAACGCAGAGACUCCCCAGCUGAACCCCGUGAUGGAGCCCCUGUCCUGGAUGCUGGGCACGUGGCUCUCGGACCCGCCAGGAGACGGCACCUUCCCCACCAUGAAACCCUUCCAGUACCUGGAAGAAGUGCACAUCUCUCAUGUGGGGCAGCCCAUGCUUAACUUCUCGUUCAACGCCUUCCAUCCGGACACCAGGAAACCCAUGCACCGAGAAUGUGGAUUCAUCCGCCUCAAACCCGACACUAAUAAGGUGGCUUUCAUCAGUGCUCAGAACACAGGUCUGGUGGAGGUGGAGGAAGGGGAGGUGAACGGACAAGAGCUGUCAAUAGCUUCUCACUCCAUAGCCAGGAUCUCCUUUGCCAAGAAGCCCCAUGUAGAGCAGAUUACAAGAAAAUUCAGGCUCAAUUCUGAUGGGAAACUUGAACAAACUGUCUCGAUGGCAACCACUACGCAGCCCAUGACUCAGCACCUCCACAUUACCUACAAGAAGGUGAUGCCCUGAUGCCGGGAGGGCUGGGUCUCCCUGGGGACAUCGUGUAGAGUGAGCAGCAGCAGCUCGGGGACACGACGUGGCACAUCCCGGAGCUGGCAGCUGGGGGACAUGGCAUGACAGAUCCCGGAGCUGGCAGCUUGGGGACAUGGCAUGACAGAUCCUGGAGCUGGCAGCUCGGGGACACGGCAGAUCCAGCUGCCUGUGCUUGCCCCCAGGGCCGCAGAGCUGCUCGUCCUGUUGAGAAUGUUACUCAGAUGUUUCUGUAAUGGUAUAUUAAAAAAUAAAAUAAAAAGCUUUUAUUUUUA